CUCCCUGGUAUCCAGCACGCAAAUGCAGUUCUUCCCACUGAAAGACCCCGCAUUGACGCGCAGCUCCUUUAAAUACCAUUACUACAUCUGCGUGCUCACAGAAUCUCUUUCUGCCCAUUCGCGACCACCUCGUCAUUGAAGAUAUUCAGAUGUUAUUUGUACGGGGUGAUCGGUAAGAUUCUUCAUUUCGGCGAUUAUGGAGAACUUAGGGCGUAGUAGAGCGGAAUGUUUGCAGAUUCUGGGACUCGAAGCAGACCUUGGUCGGUAUUGUCAAGCGUGUUGGUGGGAUUCCUCUGGUUGUGUGACCGUAAAGCGGCCACACCUGCUUGUUAUGUAGUUACCCGCAUGGCUUUCACUGUUGAGUGGGCAGGUAACGGAUACAUAUCAGUGUUAGGCAUUAAGCACUUAAAUUAAAGGCUAUUGAUGAGUGACUUAUAGCUGAGAAUGGGUUGCGAGAUACAUGAGUGCGCUGAGCCAUGGUGCAGCUUCAUCGUUUCG